AUGUCGAGCACAGGCUCCGGCGUCGCCGAUGGUCUACCCGCUAGCCCUUCGUAUCCGCGCACGCGCUCGCAGACCACCAGGCCUCAGCCUGUUCUCAAGCGCAAGGGGUCCGACAUCACCAGGGCGAAGCCGCAGAAAGCCGCCAAGAUCACCGGUGCGGGGCCAUCCCUCAGCGCGACGCCAUCAGUGGACACGUCCCCAGAGGCCGCCGUAGAGUCCCCAGUCGACGUGCCCGCGGCAGCCACCGCUCGGACAUUAUGGCCGCCCGAGGUUCCGCGGUCGAUGCUCUUCACCUUCCGGGUCGGGCCCUCUGCGUUCCAGAUGUACGACGGUGUCAAGCGGAGGUCUGCCUUGGAUGUGUCGUCGGCGUCGGACACCUCCCAGUUCGCGGCUACGGGCUCGGAGCCUAUGUUCGACAACUCUUGGCGCGUCUCUUUCAUCGAGUCCGCGCAUUCACCCCCGCAACGCACGAACAUCGCCCCGCCGAGCGAGCAGAGACGCAUACACGAUUCCUCGAGAAGAUUUGCCACGAACGAAGGUCCUCAGGCCCAAGUCGUAGACCACGAUCUCUCUAGGUUAGAGGCCGCAGUCGACUCGCGUACUAUGGGGCCGUCGCACAAGUGUCCGUUCUGUCCCCGGACGUUUCCCCUCGCCAACGGCUUGACAAUCCACUUAAAAUGGCACUGGGGCGCGAGUGGGCUUGAGUGGAAGAGAGGUAUCAGUCGCACCGGUAAAACUAUCGAUCGUGCUUUGCGCGACGCCGAGCGCAGGCGUGAAGAGGCAGCUAGACAGCAGGACGAACUAGACUUUCCCGGGAUCCCGCCCUCGAUCAGCACGUCCUGCUCACCGCCGCGUGCUUCGUCGAGUUCUCAAUCAUCAACCCGGUUAUCGAACCAGGAGAUGGACUACUCGUUUACGAUGCCCGUCAUGGCCCAAUCUACCUUUAACACGUUCGGCUUCCCGGUCUACUCCUCUCGCUCGUCGACAGCAUCAGAGAGCCCUUACCCUUCGCCCAUCGAGGGACAGUACCCGCAUAUGUUCCAGCCGCCGGUGGUCGCGGCACCAAACAUGUCCUACAACUCAUUCCCACACACUCCCGAACUACUCGCGGACACAGGGUCGACGAACAGCGCAAGCACCGGCCGUAGCUCGCCCACUUGGUCUGAGAACCUCUUCGGCUACGGGGAAGAAGACGCGGAGGGAGACAGUGACCACGACGACGAUCUGUUCGGAGACCACCCCGAUCCCCGAUGCGAAGCAGCCUCAUGUGCCACGGGCAACGCGGCGAGCGCAGGGUCAGCAGUGCGCACGUCUGUCUGCAUCUGCCGUCGUGAACGCUCCGUGGCAGCGGUCGCGUGUAGGGGCGGGAACGUUGGUGGUGGAGGAGGCCGGCGUCGCGCGGUCUCCGUUCGCGUGCGUCCGUUGUUCCUCCGCGCGCCGCGUCUGGCUCCCCUCAGGCUUCCUGCGGCUUUCUUCGACGACGACGACGACGAUGGAGGCGAGGAUGGAGCGUCUCGUGUGUCUACCGGUGAAAAUGGUGGCGAGGACGACGACGAUCCGUUCGCGAUGCGGGGUUUCUCGGCCCCUUCCGACGGCCUCGCCCCGCUGCAUGGUCUUCCGCCUCUCCAGGCGCUGCCCGAACUAGAUGCCGCGUUUCAAAAUCUCUUCGUAUUCUAG